AUGUCGCAGUCUGGCGGUGGCCUCGACGCCAUCAGCAGGAGCGCCUCGCCAGGCUCGCUGAAGCGAAAGCGCGAAACUCCUGACUUCUCACAAUCACGAUCUGCCGCGGGCAGCGUGACCGCAAAGUCCGCCCUCGUCAACGGCGCGACGGCGUCCAGCACCCUCCAGCCGCACAACAUGGCUUCCACGAAUGGCGCACGCCCGAAGCAGCAAUACACCUCCCCAGACUCGGACGAGAUGCAGACAGACAACGGCGACAUGCUUCGAGGCAUGGGCUCUGCGAGCUCUCUCGCCAGCGCCGCCUCGUCGGUCUUUACGCAAAACUCACAUGCCUUCGCGCAGAACCGAAAAGGCUCUGCCGCCAACGGCCUAACCCCCCUCACCAACGUCACAGAAUCUUCGCCGCCCAAGGGCAACAGUCCGCUCCACUCGAAACCUGCCUCUGCCAUGGAGUCCAUCGACGGCGUCGUGGCCUCCUCGCACGUGCCUGCCUCUGACGGCCAAGAUACCGACCAGCAACCCCCACAACGCCCACAAAUGCUCCCGCCACCAGGCACAGUGAAAGGGUACAGAGCGGUUUGGGAUCCGGAAUUGGACGGCAAGCUCAGCAAAGAAGAGCGAAAGCGCGCAAUACUUAGAAAGAGAGAAUUUGGUGCCGAGGCAUAUCAACCGGAUCCGCCACCAGAUCCGCGGUUGGCCAUACCUGGAUACAUGUCUGGGCUAUGCAGACCGAAGUUGCAGCCCAGCAAGGCUAUUCUUCGAAUCGCGCCCUACACAUUACCACCGUUCAAGGUGGACCGGCAUUCGACUGGGCCCGGCGAAGCACAACAGGUGGUGGUGAUUGGCUUUGAUCCCUUCUUGCCAGAAUCGACAUUGAGGCUCAAUCUUGGGGUAUACGGCAGUAUUGCGUCCAUUCAAAAUAAGACAGACCCAGAAACCGGCAGCUUUCUCGGCAUUGCCUUGAUUAAGUAUCGAGACUCUGCUAGAGACGGAUUCGAGGUUACCGCAGUCACGGCCGCGAAGCAAGCCGCGGAGGGUUUCAAUGGAGAGCGGAUCAAUUUGCAUACAGUCAAAGUUGAGCUGGAUCGAGAGGGCAGGAAAUGCAAGCGAUAUGUGGACAACGUGCUGAGGGAGGCUCGGGAAGAGCGUGCGAAACACAUGAGAGCAGCAUCUCCUGCACUUACAGCCGACGCAUCGAAAGGAGCGAAAGAUUCGCCAGCACCUCCUCCAAAUGCGCCAAAGGGACCGUCUGCAAAAGCAUCAGCGAAGGCGGCGGCGGCAGCGGUACAAACUCCAGAAGCAGCGAAAGGAGCGGCAAACGUUCCAGCUCGGAAGUCUGGAGCUGCGUCGCUGAUCGAAGACGAGCCCAUUCUCAGCAAGAUCAAGCGGAAGCCGUACAUCCACAUACCACACUCCUCGGUACCUGUGCUUGGCACUACGAUUCCUCACUUGAAGAAGCGCCUAAAAGCGUACGAUUGGCGCGAGGUUCGGCUGGAUGCGACUGGAUACUACAUUGUGUUUGAAGAUUCCAAGCGUGGAGAAGACGAGACUGAGCGAUGUUUCAACGAGUGCAACAAGGCGGCUUUGUUCACUUACAAGAUGGGAAUGGAGUGUCAGAAAUACGGCAAUCCUGACUACGAACGAAGUCCAAGCCCAGAGCGGGUGAUCGCUCAAAAGAAACAGAAAGAGGAGAUUGAGCGGUUGGAGCGUGAGGAAGCCGAAGAUCUUGAGAUCGAGAAGAAGAACAGGGCAGAGAAUCUUGACCCUGUUCAAGGAGCGCUCGAGCAGCUUCGAAUGGAGUUGCGCGACAAGAUCAUGGGCGACAUCAAGACGAGAAUCGCCAUUCCCAUUUUCCACGACAGUCUGGACCCGUCGAAGCAUGUUGCGAAGAGGAGGAAGCUGGGCCUGCCAGAUCAUUCCGACAUCGAGAACAAAGCACCCGCCUUUCUACUCAACAAAGCUGGAGAACAAGGACCAGACACACCUAAAGGCCGACGUGGGCAUGGCUCUAAGCCUUUGCGACCUCAUGAUCCGAAUCGGCAGCGAGGACGUAAAGGCGAUCGAGGGAUGGAGCCAAGCAAUGCUUUCAUCGAUGAGAGGAGGCGCAAGCCAGCACCACGCGCGUCGCAUGCUCGUGGUCUUCACUUCCGCUUGCAGCGAGCAGCGAUGAGCGAAGAUGAAGAUUCAGACGAUGAACGACACACUUCCAUCACACGCGACACGGAAGAUCUCGAGAGCCGCCCACUUAGUCGCGCAAGUCGCAACUCGACGCCGUUUGACUCGGAGACUGCUGAAACACCCAAGCGCAAACGGGCCAAGAUCAGUGAUUCUGAAGAUGAAGACGACAAACCAGAACAGUUCACUGCAUUUCAAAAGGACCUACUGGGUCACCUCUUGUCUAAGGAGCCUGAGGAGCUCGCAACACGCGAACUUGAGCUGGUUGUGCACACCCUUCCCCGAGGUUCGAAGUACAGCACAAGAGCUAGGACCGAGUUGUAUAUUCGCCAGCGAUCCCAAGCCGACGACGACCUGUUUUUGACGAAGAACGAGCAAGCCAAAGAUAUCAGCGAAGAUGCAGCGGACGAGACUGCUGUUGCAGAUGCGAAAGCCAGUAAAGAGAAGACCAAGAAGAAACGCAAGACAAAGAAAGAGAUCCUGGCCGAGCAAGAAGAACUCAAAGCCGAAGCGAAGAAAGCAAAGGCUUCCAGCAAACCGGUUGCGCAAGAUACGGUCGAAAAGAUUGAACAGAAAGAGCUUGAACUUGAAGCCGCCGAUGAGGUUGAGGACAAGGACGUGGAGCUGCACCUGACUUUCGACAAGCCCAGGCGGACGGUUGAGGAGGACCGUGGGGUCAUUCUUGAUGUGGACGGCUGGCAGAAUUUCAUCAAGGAUGAUGAGGACCUUGCGUUUGCGAAGAAGGCAUUAUCUGAGAUCAUGCCUGCCGACGUUGGCGAUGCGAGACUUUGGGCUUGGAAGCAAAAGGAGAUCAAGGCUUUGAACAGCGAUGGCGCUGCCGGUACUGCGCAACCACAGUCUCUAAUCCAGGGAUACUACGUGCCCAACCCGACUGGCUGUGCUCGAACUGAGGGCGUGAAGAAGAUUUUGAACGAGGAGAAGUCUAAGUACCUUCCCCAUCGCAUCAAGGUGCAGAAAGCCCGAGAGCAACGCCAGGCGAUGGCCAAGUCGAAUCCGACUGCAGCUGCUGAAGCCGCCAAGAUCGUCGCUGCCGAGAAGAUCGCGCAGACGGCGACGUCUCGUAGCAAUCGUGUUAACAAUCGCCGUCUCGUCAACGACAUCAACCUCCAGAAGCAGUCUCUUGCCACGGCCAACAGUGACGCAGAUGUCGCGAUUCGUUUCAACCAACUCAAGAAGCGCAAGAAGCUCGUCAAGUUCGACCGGUCUGCCAUUCACGGUUGGGGUCUGUAUGCUGAAGAGAAUAUCGGCAUCAACGAGCUCAUCAUUGAGUAUGUUGGUGAGAAGGUGCGGCAAAAGGUGGCGGAUCUUCGAGAGGAGAAGUACGACAAGCAAGGUGUUGGCUCGUCAUACCUGUUCCGCAUGAUGGAUGAUGAGAUUGUGGACGCUACCAAGAAGGGUGGCAUUGCACGUUUCAUCAACCAUUCUUGCGAUCCCAACUGCACGGCCAAGAUCAUCAAGGUGGAAGGCACGCCAAGAAUCGUCAUUUAUGCCUUGAAGGACAUUGGGAAGAAUGACGAAUUGACGUACGACUACAAGUUCGAGCGCGAAAUCGGCUCGACGGAUCGGAUUCCUUGUUUGUGCGGUUCGGCGAACUGCAAGGGCUUCUUGAAUUAG